AUGGGCGAGUAUUGCGCUUCAGAUGGCUUUUGCUGCCUAAUACAAUCCAACAAAGAGCUGCCGAUGCCUCUAUUAAGUUCAGUUAAUAAAUCAAGCAAUAGUGUACUCGUAGACAAAAGCCAACCUUGUCCUGACGGUAGUAACUGGAUGAGAAAAUGCGCUACGGAUAGUGACUGCAACAGUAAAGAUGAAUUAUGCGCAGAAGGCAAAUGUUGCGCAGUUUGUAGUCAGAGGAGAAGGCAAGUUCUUGAUGAACUUCCAACGACCAAUGUUUUGGGUGUAUAUUUGCCAAAAUGUACAAAUGACGGGAAAUUUUAUCGACCAAGACAGUGUAGGAUUGGUACUGACACUUGCUUCUGUGUUAACACUUAUGGGCGAACGAUUGCUAUGGUUUAUGAAAAUAACGCAGAUGAUAAAGACGUUUGCAUUACUUGGAGAAAUCUGAUAAUCAAAAACAACAAUAGCACGAUCCAUGACGAAACAGUGUGUGGGGCCAACGAGGUCUACGUAAGUUGCUUUGAUCCUUGUCAGCCGACCUGCAACGCCUUAAAUCGUAAAGCUUGUCGACUGGAUACCUGUGUUGGUGGAUGUCAUUGUCGUGAAGGAUAUGUACGAGUUGGAAGUAAUCCGCAAGCAGUUUGCGUUCCCGCUUCGCAAUGCAUACAGUACACUCCGAUAACAGCAGAUCAGUGUACAGAUCCAUUAAAAGAAUAUAGUUUGUGCGGAUCAGCUUGUCCAAUAUCCUGUGCUACCAGAACUGUACCGCAGAAUGAAUGUACCGAAAGGUGUGUUGCGGGGUGUUUCUGUAGGAUACCGUAUAUCCUAGAAAACGGAAGAGAUCCACAGAAUUCUAGAUGUAUACUACCAGCGCAGUGUCCGUUGGACAUCACCAUACAACCGUCGAAAUACCCAUCUGAUUUUCAAACUUCUAAUUCGGUAACCCAGCCAAAUCGAACCCCAAAUUUCCAAGUACCAAUAAGAGACUUUCGGUUUCCAAUUUCCAUCAACUAUUUUAAUCCUCCCGCUCACUACAACACUUUAUCAGCUAAUGUCAGGGGAUAUCCAUGCACUGAUCCAUUAAAAAAUUUCCUAAUUUGCGGAAGCUCAUGUCCAGUUGGUUGCAAUAAUCGAGUAGCAAAAACCUGUGGGACUCAAUGUGAAUCCGGUUGCUUUUGUCGACCACCAUACAUACUAAAAGACGCAUCUAACCUAAAUUCUGGAUGUGUUCUGCCUGAAAAAUGUCCAGCGGUUCAAGUACCUCAGCAAACAUGCGUAGAUCCAAGAAAGCAAUGGGUUUCUUGUCAAUCUUCAAACUGCAAUCCGAGCUGUAGUAAUCCAACUGGAACGUGUCAAAUGAUGUCCUGUAAACCGGGCUGUGUUUGUAGAGAACCUUACAUUCUAAAAGAUCAUUCUGAUUCAAAUUCGCGUUGUAUAUUGCCCUCUGAAUGUCCAUUAAAGUCACAAUGUGAUGACCCGCUGAAGGAGUUCCGCUAUUGUGCUUCUUCUUGUCCAAUGGGUUGCAACAACCGAAAUCCAAAAACCUGCACUCCAUGUGUUUCUGGCUGUUUCUGCAAAUUAGGUUACUGUUUAUUUCGUUGCGUACAAAAGAAAACUGAGCCAUGGGUGGCUUAUCAAGUUGCUAAACAAAAGUUUUGUUUUUGCUUACAACAAAGUAGCAAAUUCAGUGUAAUUCAAUUUAUUGUAGAUGACAGCGACUGUCCAAAGAAUACAGCCGAUAAUAACGGUAAACUUUGCAAUAGCAGUUGGGACUGCCCUACCUCUCAGAAAUGUUGUCCGCUUACUAAUCGUGAUCCCGGAAGCUGGAAAGAACGUAGAUGUACCUGCAGUGAUCCGCAUGCCAUCUGGAAUUCGUGUGGAUCGUUGUGUCCCGAAUACUGUGGUGAACCAUCAAUACCGGUUUGCUCGGAGACUUGCAAUCCAGGUUGUCACUGUGCACCCGGUUAUGUUAGAGCUCGUAACGACAUUAAUGCACCUUGUGUUCUUCGUUCACAAUGCAUUAUAAUAGUUGGGUCUGGUGAAUCAGAGGAAUCGCCACAGGUACCACGGAAUCCAUUUGAAGACGAACAAAUUAUUGCUGUUGUUUUUUUCAAUGAUGCAGAGAAGAAAAUUUUUGGGAAGUUGUCUGUUGCAUCGUUGAAAAAUAACAAAGUUAAAAUAUUUGGCAAUUUUAAUGGUUUACCAUUCGGUGAACAUGCAGUUGUAAUUCAUCAGUCAGGUGACGUAUCAAAUUCCUGUAAAAAUAUUGGCUUACCACUGAGACUGGAUAAUUCGACAGAAGAAAUUACGUCUGUUGGUAACGUUAAAGUUGCUGAGAAUACAACGGUUGUUGAAAUUUCAAAAAUUUUGGAUUGGCCAGACGCACAAAUGAUUGCUGGCAGAUCUGUUGCCGUACAUUCAACUUCCAUCGAUGACUUUAGUAACUCUACAGCGAUGGCUAAUAACAGUGAUACAGUGAUAACUUGUGGAACUGUUGGCGUUGUUUCUAGAUAA